AGCUGAAUGUGGAAUAUUAUAUGUAUACUCUUGUUUCUGCAGAGUGGGUUGGUAGUUUUGUCAGCUCUCAGAGGAUAGUGACCCUCAGAAGUUUUUUAACCUUGUCUAUAGAGUUAGGAAAGUCCUCAAGGGCUCCCUCAAGGGCUUCUGGUAGUGGGGUCUGGAGCAAUCCAAGAAUUGGAAGGUGAGGCAUGAUUUCCUUUCUUUCCCUUCAGAUGCCCGCUGGUAUCCCUGUCAUACAUACCGAGAGCUGCCUCGGCUGCGUUUCCAUUUGGUGGGGUGUUGGCUGGAAGCUUGGAGGAUGCUUCCUUUUGGGAGCUGAAAAUGGGCUUUACUCAUUGGCCUCAUGUGAUGCCCAUGGAGCCUGGGGGCUGCAUAGACUUUCAGACAGAGAGCAGCACCCGGCACUGUCUUGUGACCUACAGGCCUGAUAAAAAUCACAGCACCUUACGAAGUGUACUCAUGGAGAUGUCCUAUAAACUGGAUGAUGCUGGAGAGCCAAUCUGCUCCUGCCAUUCUGUACAAACAUUCCGUGGGGGACCCACUUGCAAACUACUGACCAAAAGUGCCAUUUUCCAAAAUCCAGAGAAUGAUGGCAGCAUCCUGGUGUGUACUGGGGAUGAAGUGUCAAAUUCUGCCCUGCUGUGGGAUGCUGGCAGUGGCUCGUUGCUGCAGGAACUGCAGGCUAAUCAGCCUGUCUUGGACAUCUGCCCAUUUCAGGUGAACCAUAACAGCUACUUGGCUACCUUAACGGAGAAGAUGGUCCACAUCCAUAGUUUUACAGUGACGUGCCAAGGCUGUCUAUGAGCCAGGACGUGGGCUCUCACUGGACACUGAAUCUGCCAGCACCUUGAUCUUGGUC